UUGUGACGUCGGCAAUAGUGUUGCUAGCAGGCGAGAAAGGAAUGACGGAGUUUACCCUACAGAAAAACUGACAUUUAACCUGUAUUGUUCAUAGCUAAAUAAUGAAGAACGGACCAAUUCAUUCACAUUAGUACUUUAAAAAGUUAAAAACGGAGACUUAAAAAAAGGGAUUCAACUUGUGAAUCAAAACGGAAAGAUUUCCAGAAGAUGAAGAAAAGAUUUCCAGUCGAGCAAGACUGGAAGAUAAACAUGGAUGUCGAGUAACGAAACAUUUUUAUCUCGUUUCUGAGUUUAAAAUUAAACCAACAAAACCAAAGUUUGCACUAAAUCCAUCCACUGAUUAAAGAAGUUAACUUUUCAGAUCAAUCGUCUGUAAAAAGAGGGUCUCCAGAUGAUCCGUUUGUGGAGGCGUGACAUGUCCUUGUCUGAGCGACUAGGCGUUGGAGAAGGGAAGGGCUCCCUCCUGGGUGUAGCCCCUGCUCCCCUUCCCACCAUGGCAGCCCCAGGGCCCAACAUUUCCUGGCUCCCAGAGGCCCCCCUGCUCACCCCAGACCAGCCCAUCUUCCUGAUGACCCCCGCUGCCCAGGCCCUGUCAGGCUUCUUCGUCUGGACUGCCCUGCUAAUCACAUGCCACCAGAUCUACAUGCACCUAAGGUACUACAGUUCUCCUAACGAGCAGAGACAUAUUGUGCGGAUCCUCUUCAUCGUUCCCAUCUACGCUUUUGACUCGUGGCUCAGCCUCCUCUUCUUCACUAACGAGGAGUACUACGUCUACUUUGACACGGUCAGGGACUGUUACGAGGCGUUUGUCAUCUAUAACUUCCUGAGCCUGUGUUAUGAGUACCUGGGAGGGGAGAGCGCAAUCAUGGCUGAGAUUAGAGGAAAACCCAUAGAGUCCAGUUGUAUGUAUGGUACGUGCUGUCUCUGGGGGAGGAGCUACUCCAUUGGGUUCCUGCGGUUCUGUAAACAGGCCACACUCCAGUUCUGUGUGGUCAAACCCCUAAUGGCCAUGGUCACGGUCAUCCUGCAGGCCUUUGGAAAGUACCGUGACGGGGACUUCAAUGUGAACAGUGGGUACCUGUACGUGUCCAUCAUCUACAACAUCUCCGUCAGCUUGUCUCUCUACGCACUCUUCCUCUUCUACUUCUCCACGCGCCACCUGCUCAGCCCUUACAGACCCUUACUCAAGUUCUUCAUGGUCAAAUCUGUCAUUUUCCUCUCCUUUUGGCAGGGCAUGUUGCUGGCCAUCCUUGAAAAGUGUGGGGCCAUCCCCGAAAUCAACUCACCAGAGGUGUCAGUGGGAGAGGGAACAGUUGCCGCUGGUUACCAAAACUUCAUUGUCUGUAUAGAGAUGUUCUUUGCCUCUCUGGCCCUGCGCCAUGCUUUCACAUACAAAGUCUACAUGGAAAAGAGACUGGACUCACUCUCUCAGGGCCCAGUUCCUAUAUAUGGAAUCCACGGUCGCUGUGCCCCCAUGAAGAGCAUUUCCAGUAGCCUGAAGGAGACGAUGAAUCCAGGAGACAUGGUCCAGGAUGCUAUCCAUAACUUCUCCCCCGCCUAUCAGCAGUACACCCAGCAGUCAUCCCUGGAACAGGGCCACUCUGCCCCGGCUGUGUCCCGGACACACAGCGCCAUCAGUACUCGAGACAACGAGAAGACCCUGUUGCUCAGUUCAGAUGAUGAGUUCUAAACCCACGCUGUGAACCGCUGACAAACAGUUGAGGCGCAGCACCACCCCUGGUCUUCUUCAUAUUGUACUGAGGCAGAGGAUUUAGAACGUGUGUUCAGGGUUUGGUUAUUCAAUACCCAACCUUAUGGCACAGCCUGGUCUGUUCAUUUAAUGUCAUCUACUACACUUACUAUAACACACAUUCAGGAUUAUAAGUAAUGGCUUGUCUUGAUAGAGCAUAUGCUGAGGUAUGUCAUGGUUAAUCCCAAACAGAUUUGUACUUCGCUUUAUUAAACAGACAUUUCUGGUA